ACUGCAAUCAAACUGCAAGCAUGAAGCAGCAGCACUUUUGAGUAGUGUACCUCUCACUUGACUGCACCUCUGCUACCGUACAUGCAAUUUCUAUUUCUGGUAUACACAAAAUGGCGGAAAUCGAUAGACAAAAACAAGUCACCAAUGCUCCUUCCAGUAUAUAUUAGAGUUCAGUGGUGUAAACAAGCUGCGAGUGGCUGGGGGUACGUUACAGGAGUGCGACUUUAUUGUGUGUGAAUCAGCGUUCGCAGUCACCGUUGUCGGAGGUGUUUGCGGUGUGUUCAUCCUCUGGUGAGACAACUCCAACUCUCCGUGUGUGUCCGCUCUCGGCUGCUGGCACUUACCAUGGCCGACCUGCCCACUGAGAUGCCUCCCGAGGAUCUGGUGCUCUCGCACCAGGUGAACUUCAGUGAGCUGUCAUCUCGGCUAGCCUUAGGUGGCCAGCUGCUGCUUCUGGAUGUCCGGCGCCGGGACGAGCUGGAGCAGACAGGCUGCAUCCCGCGCAGCCUGAACGUGCCGCUGCAGGAGCUGGACGCAGCGCUGGCACUGCCGGACAACCAGUUCUGCGCGCAGUACGGCUUCCCUAAGCCGGCCCCCAAGGACGAGCUGUGGGUGUCGUGCCGCUCGGGCCGGCGUGUGCGGCUGGCCGUGCCCGUGCUCGACCGCCACGGCUACAACAACGUCAAACUGUACCUGGGCUCGUUCCUCGACUGGCAGGCGAACGGCGGCGCCGUGGAGCCGUUCGUCGCUCCGAAGGAGGCCAGCGCCGGAGGUGACUGAGGAGCCGGAUCACGGUCAGGUCACAGAGGUCACAUAGGGGACCAGGGCGAGUGCGGUAGGAUUGGGCUCACAUACAAGGUUUUUAUUAGUCAGUAGUGGGCAGGAAGUACGGUCAUAUAUAGUAUAGUGUGAGUGAGUAGGUAGCGGGCUCGACAUUAACAUACGGACGGUAGUGGGCUCGAAGUUUUCGUAUAUUUUAUUGUGUCGGGUAGUAGCUGAGCUUGGCAUGGGUUGUAACAAAUGUGCUAUUUUAUAGAUUAACUCGGUAGUCAGCAUACCUAACUCUGGGAUUGUAUGGUGUCAGUAAUGGUAUUGCAUUAACCCGCAUCACUAAUGUAUCGGUAGUCGCCAGUCACACCACCUAACACACUGAUUCGGUCUACAUAGUUGGGUCGGUGGUCGCACUAACACUCAGGAUGGUUAACUAGUUCGUGUCUAAGCUUUGGGGUGGGCGGGGGUUGUGGGACUGUUGGCGUCGCCUCCGACUGUAAGUUUCGGCGUUGAAACUUUGGCAUGUAAACGGUGUCUGGAUAACCUGUCGACAACAUUUACUCCUGCCAUUGUCAAUGUUCAAAGAACCCCAGUGUCAUAUAAACUAUUCCCUGCCACUCUUAAGUUAAUAAUCGUGAGUUAAAGAUAUGAUGAUAUGAUAAUGAUAAAUGAUAAAUGAUAUGAUAUUUACACAUAUUUCCGAUAAUCGUAGGCUUGUUGAUGUUUUUUAAUAGAAGUUUUUAUCGUUUUGAACGUACAAAGGAUGUUAUUAUAUUUUGUGGUGCACAAUAUUUCCGCUGUGUCUUGUAUGUCACGUUUUUAAAGUUUCGUGCAUAUUCCUUGAUACACAUAGCUCAUUGCUAGUGCCUUAUGAAGUGUGCCUCACGAACUGUAAACUGAAGUGCAAUCGAGACCGCCCUUAUUAUCCAUCUAUGUAGUCAUUAGCUGAUCAACUUUAACCAACAUUGUUUUCGUGAAUAUUGAAAGUGCCGGCGUUAAUUGUUAAACAAUAUGCCACUGUUGCCCAUAUAUUUUGCCACUUUUCCAGUAAACCGGCGAUGUAUUGACGGUUCGUCUGCCGGUCGUGGGCGCACCAUUUGUGAGCCCAUAUGUGUGGAUGUGUGGUGUCAUUUAUACAGGUGGUGGCGACUUGGCGAUGUCGGUCAAUACCGGGCGCUCGCUCCACCGACUGGGGUCGAUGAUUCCCACUGUAGGCGCUCCAGUCUCGGUGCCGCUCCGUCCUCGGCUCGGCAUAGUGUGUGAUGAAGCCCCCUAGCUCGUCCAUAAUGGGCUCGUCGGUGGGUGUGUUCGGCGGUUGUCGGUUUUUGGCUUUUUGGGGAACUAACCGAAGACGUGAAUAAUAAACAGCUCUGAAAUGUA